GCGAGGGCUUUCCAGUAGAGCGACGCCGUGGCCCGCAAAAUGGCGGCGCCCAUCCUGAGUGCUGCGCUGCAUGGACUACGGAAGGCUAGACCUUUUAGUACUUCUGCUGUUCUCUGGAAAGUGGGAGUACCUCUUGGGCCAAUGCCUAAUGAAGAUAUCGAUGUUAGUAAAUUGGAUGUGCUGGAAAAGUACCGUGUCUUCACUCGCUACUUCAAGGAAGCAGAGAAAGCACAAAAGAAACCUCAGUGGUGGAAAACCUACAGGAAAUAUGUCACUCCAAAGCAAGAUGAAGAGGCGAAGAUAGACAUCGGGCUACCUUAUUCUCCGCCAGCAUGGAAAAAAACACUUAAGGAGAGAAAAGCUAUAAUGAAACAGAAUCGAGUGGAAUUGGAAAGACCAUCCCGCCUCCGGAAAUUGUUGAUUCCACUUGAUGAUGUCAGAGCUGAAUGGGAGAGAACCUUUGGCCCAUCCCACAAGCAGCGAGUGGCAGAACACUAUGGACUGUACCGAGACUUGUUUGAUGAUGCCUUCUUUGUUCCCCAAGUUCCUUUAAGGGUGGAAUACAAUCAGGAUGAUGAAUACGUUAUGCCAGUUUAUCAUGGGAAUGUGGUAACACCCACAGAGGCUUUUAACCCUCCCAGAGUCUCAUUUGAAGCGGAUGAAGGAUCCUUAUGGACUCUGCUGCUCACCAACCUAGAUGGGCACCUGCGUGAUGCCGAUUCAGAGUAUCUCCACUGGCUGGUGACAAACAUUCCAGGAAACAAAAUGGAGAUGGGCAAGGAGAUUUGUCAUUACUUCCCCGCGUUCCCCGCCAGAGGAACUGGAUACCAUCGCUUCGUCUUCCUUCUCUUCAAGCAGCUCCAUCCCAUUGAUUUCACUGAAGAUGAGCGGCCCACGCCAUGCCACAGUCUCCAGAUGAGAACAUUCAAGACAUUCGACUUCUACAAGAAGCAUCAGAGUGACAUGACACCUGCAGGGCUGGCAUUUUUCCAAUGCCAGUGGGAUGAUUCAGUUACACGGGUCUUUCACCACCUUCUCGACAUGAAGGAGCCUGUGUUUGAUUUUGUGCGUCCCCCUAAAUAUCAUCCACCGCAGAAGAAGUUUCCACACCUCCAGCCUCUGAGGUACCUGGACAGAUACAGGGACAGUGACGAGCCUACCUAUGGCAUUUAUUGAAAUGUCUUGAUACUCCGCUUGAUACCCUGGACAGAGCAGCCGUGGCGCAACAAAGAACCAUCACUUUUAUUCACUGGGAAGAGAGAGGUGCAGCUUGCAUCUAUCUUGUCUAUCUCUCGGAGACUCUGUACUUGCAAUGAAGAAGCAGGCAAGCUGUGUCCAGAGGUCCAGGGCUAUUCAGAAGCCGAGUUUCUGCCUCACUUUCUCAGGAGCCAGACACCGUCCAUCAAAUGUUCCGAGCAAAAAAGUUUUCUUUCUCUCUCAUCAACUGCUGGGCCAUUUCAGCAAAAUAGCCUCACCUGAAUUGGGAUCAGAUAAUGCAUGAAAUCUUGCAGAGCAUUGAGUUGGUACUGAAAUGCUGGACCAUGUGUUGUCUUUAAAGUAUGAAUAAACAUUCUUUUAAAUUCAUGCUGGAACUAUCUAAUACAGGCAUCCUGAAACUUCGGCCCUCCAAAUGUUUUGGACUACAAUUCCCAUCUUCCCCAACCACUGGUCCUGUUAGCUAGGGAUCAUGGGAGUUGUAGGCCAAAACAUCUGGAGGGCCGCAGUUUGGGGAUGCCUGAUCUAAUAUAUCAACUGCUUCAGUAACUUCAAGCAGCCUUUCCCAACCUAGUGCCCUCUGGGUGUUUUGAAUACAACUUCCAUCAGCUCCAUCCAGCACAGUCAUGCUGGGGCUGGAGUUGCUGGAGGUUACAGUCCAAAACAUCAGGAGGCCAUCAGUUGGAGGAGGUUAUUCUUAGGUCAAGCAGACAUCGUACCUUUUAUGUUUCUGAAGGGCAUCCGUGUUGUGACACCUUAAGAGAUUAAACCUUUGGUUAGUGGCAUGAACCUUUCAUAAGCAAUGCCUGCUUUGUGAAAUGCAUGAAACAGGCUGUGGAACUAGUUGAUAUAUGUUCAUAUGGUUUAAACGAUUUGUCGGAAUUAAACCAAAUGAAAUGAAUGAAUACUAAGAUGUGUGUGCUUCUUGCUUUGCCAUUAAAAUUAGUUCUUACUCCCCCCCCCCUUUGGUAUACUGGUAUACUGGUAAACCUAUUUUGCAUAGGUGAUUUCUUUAUCUUCUGGGAAGCACAGGAUCAUCUCAUUUCCUCAUUUUUCUUUCCAUACAAACAUGAACCCUUUUAUUCCUGCAUGGAUGACUGCCUACCUUUAUGUUUGCAAGUCUGAUAGGAAGGUUUGGAUUGACCAGUGUGUGCUUAUGUUCCUUAUUCCAAAAUAUUGUCCUGCAGAACAGUUGCGUAGCAUUUCAAUAGCAAGCCCACAGUUGAAGAGUGCCCUAUCUUUUUAAAAAAAACAUUUACUGCACAAGUUAUUCAUCUGCAGGUUAUAAAC